CUGACCCACCGGAUCCGUGUUUCCAUAUGACCGAGCUUUCAUUCACAGCGGGGGUCACACACAUGCUGCAGCAGGAGGCUGUCUGUUAGAGAGAGAGAGAGAGAGAGAGAGAGAGAGAGAGAGAGAGAGAGAGAAAGAGAGAGGGGGGGCCCGGAUGAAAGAGAGUGAGCAGAUGCAGGAGAAGGAGAGGGGAGCGCGCACACCGGGGAGGGUUUUUUGAAUUUGGAUGCUUCUCGUAUCAUAAACUCUCACGGACUUUAUAAACAUGCACCUACUGGGAUUAUCGCUCCUAUUGGCUUAUCUCCUGUACUCCAACCUCGCCAGCGACUUCAGCCACAGAGAUUAUUAUGAUUACUACGAGCACGAGCAGAUGGACGAGCCUGUGAAUGACUCGCCACCAAAGCAAGAUAUGGAGCAGAAGUUACGCUCAGCCUCCAGUGUCGAUGAACUCAUGAGUCUCAUCUAUCCGUCAUACUGGGCCUCUCUGAAGUGCAAAUCUAAACUUUCUGCUGCCGCCUCCUCGGCCUCCAGGCUCUCCCAGCGGCCCCAGCCUCGCAGACAGAGGCCGCCGGCUGAGACAGAAGAGCCCACAUUCGCUGCUGCCUACCUCAACCUGGAUCUCCUGAAAAGUAUAGAGUCGGAGUGGAGGAAGACUCAGUGCAUGCCCAGGGAAGUGUGUGUCGACGUGGGCAGGGAGUUCGGGGCCCCCACCAACAUCUUCUAUAAACCACCAUGUGUGUCCGUCUACAGAUGUGGAGGAUGCUGCCACUCUGAGGACAAACAGUGCCGGAAUAUCUCCACCGGAUACCUCAGCAAAACUCUGUUUGAGAUCACAGUGCCAAUCACACAGGGCACCAAACCGGUGACCAUCAGUGUGGCCAACCACACCCAGUGCAGCUGUCUGUCCAAACUGGACGUCUAUAAACAGGUCCACAGCAUCAUCCGGAGAGCCCUGCCUGAGUGUCCAGUAGCCAACAGGACGUGUCCUUCUGGUCAGACGUGGAGCAGCAGGCACUGUCGGUGUGUCAUCAUGUCCACAAAUCCACACAACAACCCCCCUCCCCCACCACUGCUCCCUCCAAGGCAGCAUCCACUUGAUACAUUCUCGACAGAUGUGUGUGGCCCUGAUAAGGAACUGGACAUGGAGACAUGUCAGUGUGUAUGUCAGCACAGGGAUCAAAUGCAAGACUGUGGCCCUAACCGACACUUCGACCGCAACACUUGCCAGUGCGUUUGCAACAUGUCACCUGCUCCCUCCUGCCCCCUAAACCACGUCUUCAACAAAGAGACCUGCCAAUGCACGUGCAGCAAGACGUGCCCGAGACAUCAGCCCCUCAAUAAAGCAAAGUGUUCCUGUGAAUGUAAUGAGUCACCAAAUAAGUGUUUCCUUAAAGGAAGGAGAUUUCAUCCAGCCACAUGCAGUUGUCUGCGGCCUCCCUGUGAGGUGAGGAGGCGAAAGUGUGAACCAGGUUUCUCCUUCAGUGAGGAAGUGUGUCGCUGCGUACCGUCCCACUGGAGACGGCUGGACUGAAAGCUGCUAAUGAGCAGAUAACAAACUGAAUAAGUAGAAAUCAUCACCCAGCCCCUGUAGACCUGCUGGUCCUGAAUACCCCCAUCAUCUGUGACGCAGCUAAGUAUGUGGACCCUGAUAUAUGUGGGGAAACUCAGUGAUGGAGUGCAGAUACAGGGACUCUGAGGAUUUGAAGGUGGGACAUGCACUGAAGCGGCUAUGAAGACAUUUUUUAUGGGAGAGCAGCUGACCCAGAAGUGAAAGGACUGAAAGAGAGUCAACACUCGACAUUUGUUAUAAAUACUGUCUAAAUAACUUGUUAUAAAAUAUUCGGGGAGGUUUGUAUUAAUUAUGUCUCAGUAUUCUUUUGUCAGAUAUUGAUUAUAUAAUUUAUUAAAUGUUUUUUUUAACUUCUGUUUAUUGCAAUUUCAAUCUCCUUCCAUGAAAAUACACUGUGAUCAAUAUUUUUGUA